AUGGGCUCGACUAACGUUAGCGAAAAUGCGUUUGCCUUUGAAGUCCUAUUGGUUACGGUUGACGACAAUGCCACGAACCUGCAGUGGAGGCACCACGCUGCUUUCAAUCUUGAUCUGUUAUUGGGCAUUGCUCCUACAUCUGUUGCCGGGAACCAUCGGAUCCCGUCUACCACAGGCGCCGCCCUCGAGCAUCUCGUCCGCAAGGUUAGAGCCUCCGCCGGCCAGGCUGAAGUGGCAAUGAAGGGGAUCCUGGUUCCUCGUCGUAGGUUCUUUUACAGCAGCAAAAUCCCCGACUCGAGGUUUCAAGAUUCUGACUAUGUGGACUCGGUCAUUCGGUUCUCGACUCCGGACAGUGGCUUUUCGCCGACUUCGGCUCAGAGGGACAAUUCUCUCCUAGCGCCAUUGCCUUCCAUCCCAGGGGCAUUCAUUGUGAAGCACACUUCAAAGCUUACUUCGAAGCUACUAGAUGAAGACUUGAAACCAUCUCGACGCAAAAUCGCCAUGCUAGGGGGCGCGUAUACUUACAUACGUGAUGAUUUCGUUGCCAUUGAUGUUAUCGACGACGCGGGGCUCCCAGAGAGAAUUGCUGAGGCGUUAAGAGGCAAAGGAUUCGAUAGUCUCUUUUCCGCAGAAAUAUUAGGCCCACAGCAAUUACUCAGUUCCAAUAUUCAGAAUCUACUUGUGGAAAGUACAGCGCAGCGAGACGACCCUUGCAUAAAAUCAAAGCCACAGGCUUUUCGGUGUCCUCUGAUUGUCAAACCAUGUCGAGGUGGCGGCUCCCGAGGGGUCAAGAAAGUCAACGACCCUUCUAACCUCCGUCAGGCUGCACAAAUCCUGGAAGAGACAGGAUUUUCGAAACAUUGGGUUUUAAUCGAAACCUACGUCGACAGUCCAGAGGUAGAUGCCAACUUCAUAUCGCAUAAUCUUUCAUGCCAGACAGAUGCAACAGAUGCUUCAGUUUCCGACAAUUUCGCGAAGACGGUGAUGAUCCUACCUAGUCGACUGGAUCCCGUAGAGAUACAGGCCAUUGGAACGUCCCUAUACCAAGCCCCAAUUAAGCUGGGAUACCGCUCCGGCGUCUUUCACCUCGAAGCCCGGGUGCAGAACUCCUCGAUGCGGUAUCAGGAGACCAACGGCAUCGUCGAACUCACCCACACGGGGCCAACUGCAAGCCGCCAGCCAGAUGUGGUUUUGAUCGAAAUCCUCCGCGCCCUCGACGAUUGCGAGCGCUUCACCGCUAUAGCGCACCCUUUCACUUAUUAUGCCCACUACCACUAUGAGAUCUGCUUUACUCAUCAGGUGCUUCACCAACUACCGGAAAUGGCUCCCCACGUGACUAGGGCUGAACGGACUACGUUGAAGAAGGUCGUGUCACCGGCCCGGGGGGGGGGGGGCACUGGGUUUAUUGCUUAUUUUCUGAUCUCGUCGAGGUCGAUGAGGAAGGAGGUGUUGGAGAUAGGUGAACGUAUUCAGGACAGGUCAAGAAGGGUAUUGGAUGAUGUUUAG